CCCGCAGUCGAAAUUCAUGUUCCUUGCACCAUGGACCGACGAGACAUUUCAAGAAGACGGCCAAUGCUUCAGUUAGAUCAACCAAUAUCAUCAAUAAGAGCUAAAAACAAAGCUACCGAUGAAGCUAAAAAACGCCAAGAAUCGAAGAACGUGCUGCAGGAGCUCCUCGGAGACUAUAGUGAAAGCGAUGAUGAAGGAGAUGAAGAAGAGGCACAGAUCGGCAAAACCUGCGAGGUGAAUCCAUCAAAGGAGCAAUCGCAACCCGAUUCUUUCAACUCUUCAAAUAAUAAAUCGGAAAUUCAGGAACAAAUAUCAGAUUCUCACUUGCCAACAACUUCUCUGGUUAAUUCUGAACAUUCGACCGAGAUGGAUCAGUCUGAGGAGAGCAUCGAAGCAGCAUUAAAAAACUUUUUGUCCGAAAUAAAUGCUUUACCUAUUACUUCUAUCGAUAAAAAUUCUACUUUGGAAAAAACCAGUGAAAAAUCCUUUAAAAAUAUCGUACCAACGGAAAAGAAUCAAGUUGUUUCGCAAUUCACGUAUCCAGAAGGCGAUUGGCAACGACAUUUUCAUCAAGAAGAAAAACGGUACUAUUAUUACAAUAGUAGAACCGGUGAAACAUGUUGGGACCUUGACACACAAACUAAUGUUUCAGGAGCUUCAUUAAUGUCGCGUUCGGAUGAAAAAACAAAUAAUUUGGAUUCGUCAUCUAAAGAAGACUCCAAUCGAGAAGUUGAUACUCAAUUAAAUCAAAUGAUUUAUAGUAAUACUACUGAUGACACCAACAAUACUACAUCCAUGCGCCCUCCUUCAUCUGACUCACCAUUGCAUAUUCGCUCAAGAGAUGCCUACAACCGUUUGUCUAUCAUUACUCCUAUGGCAACACACUUGAGGCUUGAAAGGCAUCAAAUUGAAUUCGCCACCAGACUACAUGAUUGGCAAAUUGGUGCGUUGAAUUCAUAUUAUUUUGAAAAGGUUAUUUUAGAAGGAUUGGAGAUGCUAAUACGAAGUAUUGAAGAGCAGAUAUCACCUACUGGUUGGUUAUGCAAAUGGAAAUCUGAUUCAAAAACAUACACUUGGAUGCACAUUCAGUCGAAUCAAGUUUCUCUCACAUAUCCAAGUCCUGAUUUGAUUACAAAUCUUAACACUCAUUCUUUGUCUGUAAAUAAGCAAGAAUGUUCUACAUCAGCAUCAGAUUCUUCACCCAUAGCUACUCUAAUACAAUCAUCGCACCAUAAUACUACUGCUUUGCAACCUACAAGCAUUCCAAAAACGUCAAAUAAUUCAUUUUCACAAUCGUUAUUUCAAUCACAAAUUACUCCACCGCUUCCACCUUUACCACCUCCACCCCCAUUACCCCAA